AGUUUUAUUUGAAGUUUAAUUCAUUUUACUUGAUGUUUAUGACAUUGUCAUUGUAAAAAUAUAUGAAAGUAUCAAUCAUAUCAUCUUUUUAUUUUCGAAAUGCGUUGUUAGUUUUUUAUCAUAUUAAAUAUUGAUUAUCUAUCACUUCAUAACUCUUGUAUUAGGUGUUUUUUAUUUUCACAGUGUAAUUCUAUAUAUUAUUAUAAAUUGCAUUUUAUACUAUUUAUGGUAAGUUAUGGCUGAUCCUCGUAUUAAAACCCUAAAAAUUAAGACAGGCGUUGUUAAAAGAUUGACUAAGGAAAAACUUAUGUACAUUAAAGAAACCGAACAACAACUGGAAAGAGUGGAGCAACUUAAAAAGUCUGGAAGUGAUGAAAGUAACAUUAAGAAACAAGAAGAAGUUCUAAGAGAAUCACAAAUGAUGGUACCAGAUACACAACGAAGACUAAAAGCAGCAUAUGAAGAUUUAAAAAGUACAAUUGCUGAUUGUGAAGAACUAAAAGAUUCAGAAGAUUUUUUGAUUGCUGAAAAUUUUUUAGCUGAGGCUGAAAAAGAAAUUAAAUAAUUUUAUCUU